AUGGUGUAUACGAAUGGUUUUUUACAUCUAUUUUGUAUAUUCGAAUGUUGUUCAAAAUAUUGGAUACCAAACAAUAUCGAAGAACUUGAUACACGUUUACGAAAUCAACUUAUCGGUCAACCGCUUGCAUAUGAUUUAAUACUCAGAUCAAUCAGUUCACAUGUAUCUAAUCCUAAUCCGUCGAAAUCACUAGUUCUCUCCUUGCAUGGCAGCACAGGAACUGGAAAAAAUUUCGUCGCCAAACAUAUUGUCGAAAGUCUUUAUCAUGAAGGUUACAGAAGUACGAUAUCUGAACAUUUAACAAAAGAUAUUGAAAAAGUAACAAGUGAAUGUUCUCAAGCGAUAUUUAUUUUUGAUGAGAUUGACCAGAUACCUACCGAAUUAUUAAAUGUUAUUUUGUAUUAUGUUGAUUUUCAUUCACCAAUCGCGUCUCGAUCAAUUGAUUUUCAUAGACUUACAAUUUCUAGCAACGUCGCUGGAACAGUAAUAACUAAAUUAGCCGGUGAUAAGAAACGAUUAUCUAUCAAACGCGAAGACUAUGACAUCUUAGAGUUUGAAAAGCUAAUCACCAAUGCCGCAGCUCAAGAAGAAGGUGGACUCAAGCAGGCAUCAUUGAUUGAUCGGCACCUAGUGACAUUUUUUGUUCCAUUUCUUCCUCUUGAACGUGAACAUAUUCGUGAUUGCAUUCGACAGGAGCUUCAGCGAAUUCUUGACAACGAUAUUUAUGAGUAUAAAUUAUCCGAAAAGCAAAUUAUCGACGAUGUUUUGAAUCUCAUCGAUUUUUCGGAUACAUCUCCGGAAUAUUCGAUCUCAGGUUGUAAAAUAGUUUCCCAAAAAUUAGAUUUUACUUUCGAACAUGCAAUGAGUAGCAAACAGCAACAGAUCGAUGCAUUGAACAGUGAAGUGCAAAUAUUACAGAAGAAAUUAGAUACUAAGCAUGAUCGUGAUCAAUUCAAAUCGAUCGCUGAUAGUUUACAAGAAAAAUGUGUACAAUUAAAACGACGAUUGCAAUCCAAAAAUGAAGCUAUCAUUCCAUUUCAUCAUACUCAAACUGUCUACGAACAUCCGAAUGACAAUGUAAAGUAUCUCUUUGGAGAUGAUAAGUCUACGGUUCAUCUAUUGAAAUCUGCUUUGAAAACUAUUCAAGAUGAAAAAGAAGUAUUACAAACAAAAGUCGAUGAGCUGACACGCGAACUCAGCGAUGUCAAAGGCGAUUUAAUGAUUUUUCGUCAAAAACGUCAUCGUAAUCGUAUAAGCAGUAAUCCAAAUUCCAAGGAAGAUUCGUCAAUGCCUUCCACGACUAAAGAAUCGAACGUUAAUCAUGAUCAACAGGCUGCUCUUUUGAAACGUUUGGAAGAAUCAAAUGAACGUAUUGUUCAACUCGACAAUGAGCUGAAAAUCGUUGUUUGCGAAAGAGAAGAAUUAGAGAUCGAACGUGACUCGUUCAAAAGUAAAUAUUGUAAAUUAAAUCAAGAAUUGAAUAAAAUGUUGAAUGGCGACGAAAACCGUGUCAUCGAUAUCGAACUCAUCUUCUCGGAAAAUCGAUAUUUGAAACAGAAAAUCAAUGAAGCCGUUGAAGAGAAAAAUCGUGCCUUAGCAAAUGCAUCGAAAUACAAAGAACUCUUACAGACUCAUCGAUCAGCGUAUAACCGUUUGGGCAAAGUUCAAUCGACGGGAACCGUACUUACUCAUAAACAAGUACAACAGCUUCUUAAACAGAGUUACCUUGUUCCAGGCACUCCGGAAACCGAUAAUGAUAUUCGAUCGAUAGCUGAAGCAUUGUACGAGAAUCUCAAAGAUAAGAAUAUGACAAUAACACAUCAACGAAAAACAAAUAAAAUAUUGGCAAAUCGUGUUACAGAACUAGAAAAAUUAUUGGCCGAUACAAGUCUAACUGCCAAAUCUGAUCAAACAAAUACUUUAAUUAAUCUCCUUGACCGAACCCCACCAAUUCCAGAUAGUGCAACAUCACAAUUCGUCAAUAGUAUCGAUGAUCAACAAGCUCAAACAUCUCCGACUCAAAUAUUCAGUUUCUCUUCUCCAUGGAUGUCAACUGCAUCUCUGACCAAUCGAAUAUCUGAUGAAGAUGCUUCGAAUAAAAGCAAAGGUAUUAAACAUCAGCCGACAGCAUCAAUAAAAAACAUUCUCGAAUGUCAUCAAUCGAGAAAGACAAGCAAUAGAUCGGACAGCGUGGAUUUAGAAAUGGAUGAUCCAUUACAAUCGCCGACAUUGACAACAUCUAUUGCAUAUUUGGAAGAAAGAGAUUUACUUCCGGUACCCAAUCGACAAACAUCAGAUCCUGACCAUACGACAACAAAUCUCAAUCUCAACGAAGCCGAGGCGGAAGAAGAAGAAGAAGAUAAUAAUAAUGAUGCUCAUGUUGAACAUCUUCAUAAACUCCUCAAUUCUGUUACAUCUGCUUUUACAAAUCAAGCCGCGGGACAUUCGUCCGAAUCGACAAAUGCAACCGACGCAAGUUCAGCUACAACUAAUCUCACGUGUUGA